GGGAGCCCCGGAGAAGGAAACCGGCCCCUUCCCUCGUCGUCCAGCGCCGGGGCCGUUGGCGUCGGAAGCCUUCAGACCCUCCGUGUGGCCGGCAGGCACCUGUCCCGCCUGGAGGCAGCUCUCGUAGACCAACCAGACCCCCUCCGCCUCAAGUACAUUUUGUGGACAUGAGCAUUUUUUUAACUUUUUAAAGAACUUGGGUUUUUUCUGGGAUUUUUAUGAGCUUCCCCUUAGUUGAUUUCCUGCUUCUCCCACCUCAGAUAGCGCUGGCUCUGUUUUUCCUGGUACUAUAGUAUGGGGAUCGAAUCAGAAUUGAGAUUUUAAGUGUUGCAGGAGCCCUCAAGUCCAUCCACCUGUUAAAAGUGAGCAGUGCUGUUACUGUCUUUCUUCUUUUCCCCCCACGUCGCCUGUCGGAUGUGAUGGAACUCAUGUUUGCAGAGUGGGAGGACGGGGAGAGGUUUUCAUUUGAAGACUCCGAUCGCUUUGAAGAAGACUCUCUUUGUUCCUUCAUCUCUGAGGCAGAGAGCCUUUGCCAGAACUGGAGAGGAUGGAGGAAGCAAUCGGCUGGACCCAAUUCUCCCACUUAAGCUUGUGGGGGUAGUAGCAGUAGAGGAGGAGGAAGAAAACAGCAAACGAGAAAUGGGCUGGUGAUCCCAUUGGUGGAACUGUCUGCAAAACAGGUUGCAUUUCACAUUCCAUUCGAGGUGGUGGAGAAAGUUUAUCCUCCAGUGCCUGAGCAACUGCAGCUUCGGAUCGCCUUCUGGAGUUUCCCAGAAAAUGAGGAAGAUAUCAGAUUGUACUCGUGUUUGGCGAAUGGCAGUGCAGAUGAGUUCCAGCGAGGGGAGCAGCUGUUCCGGGUGAGGGCUGUCAAAGACCCUCUCCAGAUAGGUUUCCAUCUGAGCGCCACUGUGGUACCCCCACAGAUGGUGCCACCCAAAGGUGCGUACAACGUGGCGGUGAUGUUUGAUCGAUGCAGGAUCACGUCAUGCAGCUGUACCUGCGGAGCUGGGGCAAAGUGGUGUGCUCACGUCGUGGCGCUCUGCCUCUUCCGGAUACACAAUGCAUCUGCGGUGUGCUUACGAGCACCUGUUUCUGAGUCCUUGUCUCGGCUACAAAGAGACCAAUUGCAAAAAUUUGCUCAGUACCUGAUCAGUGAACUUCCACAACAGAUUCUUCCAACUGCUCAGCGCUUGCUGGAUGAGCUGUUAUCUUCUCAGUCUACUGCCAUCAACACAGUGUGUGGAGCCCCAGAUCCCACUGCUGGACCCUCUGCAUCAGAUCAAAGCACCUGGUACUUAGAUGAAUCUACUCUGAGUGACAACAUAAAGAAAACCCUUCAUAAAUUCUGUGGACCCUCCCCUGUUGUUUUCAGUGAUGUGAAUUCAAUGUAUCUCUCUUCCACGGAGCCACCAGCUGCUGCUGAGUGGGCCUGUCUCCUGCGUCCCUUGCGAGGAAGAGAGCCUGAAGGAAUCUGGAACCUGCUUUCCAUUGUGCGGGAGAUGUUUAAGAGACGGGAUAGCAAUGCAGCUCCUUUGCUGGAGAUUCUGACUGACCAGUGUCUCAACUAUGAGCAGAUAACCGGGUGGUGGUACAGUGUGCGAACAUCUGCAUCACACAGCAGUGCUAGCGGGCACACAGGACGCAGCAAUGGCCAGUCAGAAGUAGCUGCUCAUGCCUGUGCAAGUAUGUGCGAUGAGAUGGUGGUUCUUUGGAGGCUGGCUGUCCUUGAUCCAACUAUUAGUCCACAGAGGCGCAGGGACCUUUGCUUACAGCUCAGACAGUGGCAGCUGAAAGUCAUAGAUAAUGUUAAGAGGGGUCAGCACAAGAAAUCGCUGGAGAAGCUCUUCCAGGGUUUCAAGCCAGCUGUGGAAGCCUGCUACUUCAACUGGGAGGAAGCUUAUCCCAUUCCUGGGAUCACAUAUAGCAGCACUGACAAGAAGAACUCAUUCUGUUGGGUAAAGGCCAUCCAGCAGAGGAGCUGCCGGUUGCAGUGUGCAGAAACUGCCUGUGAGGCUGGUAGAAUCCAUGGACAGGAGCCCGGGGGAACAUGUCUGCAGCCUGGGGACAGGCUGCGUCCCUCUCCCCAGGAGCCAGCAGUUCGUCCGAAGGAACUUACUGGAAAGCGGAAAGUUGUCUCUGAAACGCCGCAGAGGGUUCUGAGACGACUUUCAGCAGAAGGUGAUAAAGCUGUGUAUAAGACUGCGGUGGGCAAAGCAAAGUUGCCAGUGAGCAAAGGCUUGACCAGUAAACAUAGUGGGAAACGCCGCAUGAGCAGUGAAGACAGCUCUCUGGAGCCAGACUUGGCAGAGAUGAGCCUGGAUGACAGCAGCUUGGCUCUGGGGGCAGAAGCCAGCAACACAUUUAGUUUUACAGAAAGCCCACUGAGCAGGAGCUACAGGGACACCUUUGAGGAGGAUGGUGGGGUGUACUUCUCUGAGGGACCUGAGCCUAGUGUCAGGAGCAGUUCCAUGGCCAAGAAAUCGCCCAAGGAUCCUAUGGGGGAAAUGGGUAGUGGUGAUGACGACCUGCCUUCUGCAGAUGAGAACAGUGGUGGUGUGAGCCUGAAGCCAGAAGAAGUGGGAGAGAAUGGUGCAGCAGGGGGAGGGGAUGAUGGAGAAGAGGAAGACGAUUACCAGGUAUACUAUCUGAAUCCACAAGAGGUAGCCAAGGAAGAUGAUGACAAAGCUGAAGGGGGAAAUGAAGAGGAGCAGGAUAUAUUUGCUGGUAUAAAGCCUCUGGAGCAGGAGAACCGGAUGGAGAUCCUGUUUGCCUGUGCAGAGGCCCUGUAUGCACAUGGAUACAGUAAUGAAGCAUGCCGCUUAACUGUAGAACUCGCCAGGGACCUACUGGCCAACCCUCCGGAUCUCAAAGUGGAGCAGCCACCAACUAAGGGCAAAAAGAACAAGGUAUCAACCAGCAAGCAGACCUGGCGGCUGGAGUACCACAACCUGGCCUUCCGAAUAGGAAUGUUUGCUCUGGAGCUGCAGAGACCACCUGCCUCUACAAAGGCUCUGGAGGUGAAGCUGGCAUAUCAGGAGUCUGAGAUUGCAGCCCUCUUGAAGAAGAUUCCCUUGGGCACUAAUGAGAUGAACACUAUUCGAGGAAGAGCUGAAGAACUGCGAGAAGGGACAUUAUGUGAUUACCGUCCUGUCCUGCCUCUGAUGUUGGCUAGCUUUAUAUUUGAUGUUCUGUGCACUCCAGUGGUUUCUCCUACAGGCUCUAGACCCCCAAGCCGUAAUUGGAAUAAUGAAAUGCCUGGAGAUGAAGAGCUUGGUUUUGAAGCAGCUGUUGCUGCUCUUGGCAUGAAAACAACUGUCAGUGAAGCAGAACAUCCUCUGUUGUGUGAAGGCACCCGAAGGGAGAAAGGGGAUCUGGCACUAGCCCUGAUGAUUACUUACAAGGAUGAUCAGUCUAAGCUGAAGAAGAUUUUAGACAAACUCCUAGACAGAGAGAGUCAAACUCACAAACCACAGACUCUGAGUUCCUUCUACUCAUCCAGCAAGCCUACAGUAGCAAAUCAAAAAUCUCCUUCCAAACAUGCUGCCCAGUCCACUGCAGCGAUCCAGCAGCUUCCAGGGACUUCUGUCACUCAGCAAGCUGCUGUAAGCACUGCAGUCCAGAGCAGUCCCGAGAACUUCGUGGAGAAGAGCGCACAGGAGAGCUCUCAGAGGUCCCCCUGUGAACCAGCUGUGGAGUCCACUGUCUUGAAACAAGAGGGAAAGGUCCCCAGUCGUCUGGCCCUUGGAAACCGAGGUGGAUACAAUGGGAGAUGCUGGGGUUCACCUGUCAGGCAGAAGAAGAAACACACAGGCAUGGCUAGUAUUGACAGCAGCGCUCCUGAAACCACCUCUGACAGUUCUCCAACGCUCAGUCGGCGUCCGCUACGUGGGGGAUGGGCAACAACAUCCUGGGGCAGAGGACAGGACAGUGACAGCAUCAGCAGUUCUUCAAGUGAUUCGCUGGGAUCUUCCUCUUCCAGUGGCAGUAGGAGAGCCAGUGGGGGAGCCCGUGCAAAGACUGUGGAAGUUGGCAGGUAUAAAGGGAGGCGGCUGGAGAGCCAUGCUCCUCAUGUCCCGAACCAGCCCUCAGAAGCAGCUGCUCACUUCUACUUUGAAUUGGCCAAGACAGUCCUUAUCAAAGCAGGUGGAAACAGCAGUACCUCCAUCUUCACCCACCCUUCCUCCAGUGGUGGGCACCAGGGACCACACCGCAACCUUCACCUCUGCGCCUUCGAGAUUGGGCUGUAUGCACUAGGGCUGCACAACUUCGUGUCUCCCAACUGGCUCUCUCGAACUUACUCCUCCCAUGUCUCUUGGAUCACAGGGCAGGCCAUGGAGAUUGGUAGUGCAGCCUUGAACAUCUUGGUGGAGUGUUGGGAUGGACAUCUGACGCCCCCAGAGGUGGCAUCGUUGGCAGACAGAGCUUCACGGGCCAGAGACUCCAACAUGGUGCGGGCAGCUGCUGAACUGGCACUCAGUUGCCUGCCCCAUGCCCAUGCCCUGAACCCAAAUGAGAUCCAGAGGGCUCUGGUGCAGUGUAAGGAACAGGACAAUCUGAUGCUGGAAAAGGCCUGUAUGGCAGUAGAAGAGGCAGCCAAAGGAGGUGGCGUGUACCCAGAAGUCCUCUUUGAAGUAGCUCACCAGUGGUACUGGCUUUACGAACAGACUGUUGGUGGGACCCCAGCCCAGAGAGAAGGUGCCACUGGCCCCUGCAGUGCCAGUGGUGCACGGGCUGCCUCUGAAGCAGCACGUGGGUUGACAGACAACCGGGUGACCUCUGAGCCGACCACUGUAACAGUGGCAGCUGCGGUAACUGCGGCAGCAACAGUCAUGCCGGUGAUCUCUGUGGGGUCGACCAUGUACCAGCAGCAUACAAUGGCAGGGCCAGCAAUGGCACAUACACACACGCAGGGCCUCCACCCUUACACCACCCUUCAGACUCACAUCCCCUGUAAUCCCCAGUAUAUUGGACACACUAUCCAGCACAUGCCGCGCCCAGCUGUCUUCCCGGUGCCUGGCUCAGCGUACCCGCAGGGUGUCCAUCCAGCAUUCAUAGGAGCACAGUACCCUUACUCGGUAACAACACCAUCAUUGGCAGCUACAGCAGUGUCAUUCCCUGGUGUGCCGGUCCCAUCCAUGACGCAGAUUGCAGUGCAUCCCUAUCACAGUGAGACAGGACUGUCACUGUCUUCCAAUGUAGCGAUAGGAAGUGUCCAUGCAGGAUCAACGUUCCCAGCGAUUCAGGGGGCUUCCUUGACAACUCUGUCCUCACAGCCCAACUCCCUUGUUACAGGGGGUUUUCCUGCCGAGGAUGAGCAGCACAGUCAGCCUGUGAGCCCCCAGGGUCUGCACUACCUCCACUCCGCAUACCGAGUUGGGAUGCUGGCUCUGGAGAUGCUUGGCCGAAGAGCUCACAACGACCAUCCCAACAACUUCUCCCGCAGCCCACCCUACACGGAGGAUGUAAAAUGGCUCCUUGGGUUAGCUGCGAAGUUAGGUGUAAACUACGUGCAUCAGUUUUGCGUUGGUGCAGCCAAGGGGGUGCUGAGCCCUUUUGUGCUCCAGGAGAUCAUCAUGGAAGCUCUACAGAGGCUCAACCCUGCCCAUGUGCACAACCACCUGCGCACCCCAGCCUUCCACCAGCUGGUGCAGAGGUGCCAACAGGCCUACUUGCAGUACAUCCAUCAUCGGCUGAUCCAUCUCACUCCAGCUGACUACGAUGACUUUGUGAAUGCCAUCCGCAGCGCCAGAAGCGCCUUCUGCCUGACUCCCAUGGGCAUGAUGCAGUUUAAUGAUAUUCUCCAGAACCUAAAGCGCAGCAAGCAGACAAAGGAGCUGUGGCAAAGGGUCUCUCUGGAAAUGACCACCUUCUCUCCGUGACAGCAGGCGGAGCUCCACGGACACACAUUUGCCCCGCAUAGUUGUAGUUCCAUUUACACCAUCCUUCCUUCUGGUGUCUUUUUUAUUUUAGUUUUAACUUGUUGGAAACCACUGAUCUGAUGUAUUUAUACCAUGACAUUCCUCUCCAGCACUGUUGCGUGUUGGCGCUCUGCUUUGCUCGCUCUUCCUCCUCCUUCCCAGUGGGCUGCAGGCUUCAGAAGCAUCAGGAAACGAGAAGGAAGUUGAGCUGGCUGCCCUGUGGUGUAGUCACUGCUUUUUUCCCUGAGCCCCUGGAGGCUGUCCUGCGAGCAGUUUGCAGUGUGAUUACGCACGUGUUAGAGGGGUGGGGGAUUCUGUCUUAAAUAUUUAUUUUGGCAUUUAUAAAUAUGUAAACUUUUUUUUUUUUUGUAUGGGCUUCUCUUACUCCACACACCAUCUCCUGUUGGGAGAGGCUGGGACUGCUGUGCACAGCCAGUGCUCCCUCCAUUCCUUUCAGCACCUCCUGCUGAGAGAAGCUGAGACUGGAGUAGCAGGGCCAGGGCCACCUCUGUGGCUCUCUGCAGCAACUGCUGAGGGCAGAGGCUGGAGCUUGGGCAGCCAGAGUCCAUGACUGUGCUGAGCUGCUUGGAGACUGCCAGAAGUGCUUGGGCUCUUUCUCAGGAGUGUCCCUCGCUGGGCCCUGCUGGCUUGUAGGAUGUUUUGAUCCUGGUCGUUCCAAGUUGUACAAUCGUGUUUCUUUUGGCUGGGGUAUUACUCUCCUGUUAUCAGUUUCUUAUCCCUUGUCUCUUCUCGUUUCCUGAUUAAACACUCGUUUUCUUAGACUGAC